CUAGACUUGAGGAGUUUAGAAGCACACACGCACUUUGAAGAGGACGCCUGAUCUUUACCAUCAACCCUUGAACACAUUCAUGCUCCUGUAGUCAGUUUGGACGGAUUUACUCUUCCAAGACGGAUUCGAAGACGGAGAGCGCGUUUCUUCCUUUGCUUUUCUUUAAGCGAGAAAUGGAGGAGAGUUCGAGCUGCCCGGUGUCUCCGGUGGACAGUCUGAGCGACGAGGAGCUGGACCGACACCAGCACCACCAGCAACCGCAGAAGCGCCUGGGCAGAAAGAGGAGACCCAGCAAGAAGUGGAGUGAGGAGGAAAGUGGCAGUAGAAGUGGCAGUGCCAGUCCCGCCUCGGUGAAACGAAACAAGAAGACCAGUCCGAACCGGGCUCAGUCCUACGAGGAGCUGCAGAACCAGCGGGUACUGGCCAACGUGCGGGAGCGCCAGAGGACUCAGUCUCUCAACGAUGCUUUCGCCUCCCUGCGCAAGAUCAUCCCCACCCUGCCCUCGGACAAGCUGAGCAAGAUCCAGACUCUUAAACUGGCAUCCCGAUAUAUCGAUUUCCUCUAUCAGGUGCUGCAGAGCGACGAAAUGGACAACAAGAUGUCCAGCUGCAGCUACGUGGCCCAUGAGAGACUCAGUUAUGCCUUCUCGGUGUGGAGGAUGGAGGGAGCAUGGUCCAUGUCCACCUCGCACUAGCGAUGGGCACGUUUGCCAGCUAUACACCAAUGCCACACGGACUGUUUACUUCCACUAAUUUUGAAGAUACCAGAGGAUUUAUUGAAGAACAGUGAAGUUUAAAGCCAUGGUUUAAAAAAACUCCAUGUGUGUUACACAUGCACGGACUGGAAGUGCUAAUGAAGCCCAGAGCAACCAGAAAACCAGUGAAACCAGAGCAACUUUCCUUCACGAUCUGAUGGGAGAAUAAAACAGAGACGCACAUUUGACAUUUAACCAUUUCCACAUUUCUACAACAGGCUUUACGUCCUGAUUUUGAUCAUAAUAGAACUAUAUUUCUUUUUUUAAACCUUGAAAUAGAAGAGUUUAUAUAUAGAUGUAUAUUGAAAUCUCGAUCAUGUAAAUAAUGCAACCUGUGAGUCUGGUCAGAUCUUAAGGAGACCAAAGCGAUCAUUUCCUGCAUGGAUUUUUUCUUUUUCAUUUUAAUUUUCUACCAGCCUUUUAGUUUCUGGUUUUUUUUUUACUUGUUUAAUUUUUUUCAACAGAACAGUUUGUGAUCUAUGCAACAAAACUCAUUUCCCGUCCAUUAUA